ACAAGUACAAAGUCACAGUGAUUUCGUUAAAAAAAAUCUUGUUUUCUUUUCGUGCUUAUGACUGUUCAGUCGUUUGAAUGUGAUAGUAAUGUUUGAUUAAAUAUUUUAUUUUAGGUGUUCAUAAGUAUUUUUAGAUGCGCAAUCGCUUAAUGAAGUGCAAACAAAGCGAACAGUUUGAAAUUGAAGCAGAUAUUUCCCUAAGAAGAAAAUUGCAGUUUAGAUUUUCAACUUGAAACUGGAGUUGGCUCUUUUGUUUACAUAUGAAAACAAUUUCUUAAUGUUUUAAAUUUUUAUUUUUUUCGUGUGUCAGUCAAAGUUGAUUAGGUUUUAAUAUUAUGGGUUCCAAAUUCUGAUGAAAUGUAUGAAUCGCCAGAAACAUUGCAACAAUUGUGUCUUAACUUUAUUUGUCAAAAUAUUAGCUCUGUGUGUUCUACAAUUGAAGAUCUUAAUGCUAAUACAUUAAAAUAUGUUUUCAACAAUCCUUUCAUGUGCUUUCCGCCUGCUCUAUCCCAGCAGUUGUUUCAAAAAUUUGACGAGCAAACGUUCACUGACCAAUUAUUGACGAUUUUUGAUUCGUCUGUAACUAGAUUGAGUCAAGUUUACAUUCAAAAUGCUUCUAAACUGACUACCAAAGGUUUGCGUAUUUUGAGAUCUCAUAAAAUUUCGGAACUUGCUGUGAUUAAACUUACUAACGUAACUGUUAAUGAAUUAAUUGGUUGUUUAGAUGAGUGGACUUUAAAAAAUCUUCGUAUAUUAAAUGUGUCUAAUAGUAGCUUUGUAAACAGUGAAAAAGUUCGUGUCGUCAUCGCUUUGUCUAAGCUUGAAAGUCUACGUGUUUUGGAUGUGAGUAAUACUGAUUUCAACAGUCAAGGGUUAGAAAUUGUAGCGGACUAUUUAAAAUGUUUAGAAAGCUUGAAUAUAUCGAAAACCAAGGUUUCGGACAUAACUCCUUUAAAAAAGUGCAAAGAACGUUUAAAAUAUUUAAAUCUUUAUGGUUUAGGUAUAUAUAACUCCAAAUCAUUGCCAGUUAUAUUUAAGCUUUACGAAUUACAGCACCUGGAUAUAUCAGAAGAUAAAGAUGAUCAUUUGCAGAUUUUAGAAAUACCUAUGGGUUCAGCUACAAUUACAAAAGCACAAUUGUGUGAAUUUAUAGAAAAUCCCAACAGUUUGCCAAAGUUACAAUCACUAGAUAUAUCUGGAAAUAGUAAUAUUGACAUUAAUUCUUUAAAAAUAUUCUUAUCCAAUCACUUGAAAAUAAAAUUCCUUGGUUUAAUGGAAAAUGACAUUUGUCAAGAUGAUAUGUUUUCCAGAUCUUGCAAUCCAAAGCUUGUGGUUACUGGCUAUGCUACGCAAGUUCAAGUUUUAGAAUCCUUGAAAAGGUACAUGCAAAGACAAUCAUAUUUACAGAAAUCUCUUUGUUAUUUAUACUCGGAUCUUCAAAACUUAUCUGAACCACGUCUAGACAUUAUAAAGCUUGUACUUCGAGGUAUGAAAAGUUUCCCAGAUGUGUUAGGAAUCCAAAUGGCUGCUACAGCAUGCUUAUACAAUCUUACUAAAGUUAGCACUAGAUUACAUACACAUUGGCUGAGGAAAGUUGUCGAAUGCACUCUUUCUGCAAUGGAAAAUUUCCCUAAUCAGAAACAAUUGCAGAAAAAUGCAUUGUUAACACUUUGCAGUGAUAGAAUGUUGCAGGAUGUUACUUUUGACAGAUAUCAUUGUGCUGAAUUAGUUAUGAAUUCUUUAUUAACAUUUGAUGAUCCAGCUAUGAAUAGAAUGUCAGUUGCUAUUUGUUCUAUUUUAGCAGCCAGAAUCUCUACUGUUGAAACUUCCAACUUGGGUGCUAAAUCUGGUUAUAUGCGAAGAUUGUUAGAUAUUGUUCGUUCCAAAGCAUAUUCAGGAGACAUUGAUAUUAUGAUGAAAUUCACUUUAAGUGCUUUAUGGAAUUUGACAGAUGAAUCACCUCGAACUUGCAAUGUUUUUCUUGAGCUAGGAGGCCUCCAACUUUUUUUGGAUGUUUUAAUGAGAUUUAUUGGCGAAAGUUCUGUGGAAACUAAAGUUCUUGGAUUAAUGAAUAACAUUGCUGAAGUUCGUGACUUGCGAAAAAACUUGAUGCAAGAUGAUUUUAUGCUUGCUUUAUGGAGUCUUUUACAAUCAGAACAUAUUGAUGUGAGUUACUUCGCUGCUGGAAUAGUUGCUCAUAUUGCUAGUGAAGGUGAAAGCUUUUGGACUUGCACUUCUGUCAAGUAUGAGGAAAUGGUUAAUGGAUUGGGUAAUGCUGUGUUGAGUUGGAAUGUCCCGGCUACAGAAAUGGUUGCAUAUAGAUCAUUUAAUCCUUUUUAUCCCCUUUUCUUCUGUUUUUCUGCUCAUCAAGUUCAACUGUGGGCCGCAUGGGCAGUUCAUCAUGUUUGUCUGAAAAAUCCUAAACGCUAUUGCAAAAUGCUGCAUGAAGAAGGAGGUGAAGACAUUCUUAAAGCCUUAGUUCUCAACCCUGCUCUGCAUGAAUCUGUUCAUAAUAUUUGUUCUGAUAUUUUGAAAAUUGUAAAACAAGAUUUUUUAUGCACAAAAAGUUAUGAAAACCAAAGGGAGUCGUUUGUUUGACACGCUCAUUUCUGUUUUUUUUAAAAAAUUACUAUUAUAGUGCCAUGGCUCACAUACAGCUGCAUGUGAGCUAAAAUGAUUUUAUUUUAUUGCAAAAUUUCUGAAAUCAUAAAGAUGUUUAUAUAACAUAACAAUUUUAAGUAAACUUUGAUUAUUUACUUCAGAACUCCUGUAUGUAUAUUACUAAUGACUAGUCUAUGUAAAUUAUGAUUAUGUAUUUAAAUGUAACAAAAGCUUGUUUGUUGAUUUUAAAUUAAAUAUUUUAGCUUUGUGCAGUUCA